CAACCUUCUCGGAGAGUUUUGUCCAAGAUGGCGUCAACGCAGUUAACGGAUGAGGAGCUUUUCUCCGAAUUAAAGCGCUUUGGUUUCACUCCAGGCCCGGUUACCGAAAACACUCGCCCGGUAUAUUUGAAGAAAUUGAAGAAGCUUCGAGAAGAGCAGCAGCAGCGGGGCUCCAGAGCGGGUAAGACGCGCAGCAGCGGGGCCAUCAACAGCACCAGUGGCGGAGGCACCAACACGGCGGGAUCCAGGCCAGCCAGCCAUGACGUCACGCACCUGAGCUCCAGCCGGAGACCGGGCCGGAAGUCCUCCGUCCUCGGCUUCAGCUCCGACGAGUCUGACGCUGAAGCUCCACUGAAGAGAAAAGGCGGUAGGGCAGAGCGAGGCUCCGCGUUUCCACAGCAACCGAAGAUAAGGCCCGUGUCUCUACCGAGUACUGCUAACAAGAGUCAGUAUGGCGCUACGAGCCCGCUGAAUAGCAACAAUUCCUCCCAGAGAAGUGUCUCUCUGGGCUGGGGGGUCCGGGCCAGAUCCAGCCCUGAGGCGGAAGGGAGGGAUUACGACGACUCGGGGGACGAGGACGACUAUGAGGGGGACGCGGAGAAGAACUCUCGCUCUUUAAAUGGUUGCGGGGCGUCUCACUUAAACACAAGCAAGCCAGCUGGGGAUUACUCAGACUCGGACGAGGAAGAGGUCGGGGGCCUUGCUGCCAGGGACCAACACCGGGAGAGGCUGGAGUCCAGACGGAGCCACCCCAAAGCGGAGUUUCCUUCCCACGGAGCCGGUAGAGGGGCAGCCAGACAGGUUAACCCGCCUGAUAGUGUAAAUAUGGUGGGGAGCCGGAGGGAGGAGGGGGAGCAGGAGGAGGUGAAGACUAGGGACUCGGACACAUCGGGAGGCUUGCGGAGCCACAUUUACCCCAGGAAGUCCAUCUACGUGUCCCUCACCGACAACCAUGGAGGGGAGGCCGGCAAAAACAACCACGUCGACGGCGAGGACGGAGCCUCCAGGAGCAGCAGCAGCACUAGCAGGUUCGCCAUUGGGUUGAGACCGCGCUUCUCCACAUACAGCAGCCUGUCCCAGACCUACAGGGGCAACCACUCCAACCACACCGCCCCCAACCACUCAUACAGCCAGGCACUGCUCAAGCAGAAGGUGUCUGUCCCGGAGGAUGAGCUGCUCCAGCAGUUUAAAAGGGAGGAGGUGGCCUCUUCUGGGAGCUUUAGUGCUCACUACCUGUCCAUGUUCCUGCUCACAGCAGCCUGCCUCUUCUUCCUGCUGCUGGGCCUCAUGUACCUGAGGAUGAGGGGCUCAGGGUCCUCCGAGGUGGAUGGAGUCAUUAAGAGCCACCCUUUUGGCAGUGACUUUGACUCUGCUUAUAACAAGACGGAAAAGGAACUGAUCCUAAAGCUGCUGCUCAGUCUACACGACCACCUGGCCCACGUCGCAGGCCAACAUGACUGUGGAGACGAGCAGCAUCCAAACAGGAGUCUGUCCAUGAAAGAGGCCUCUUCAUAUUUACUGGCUCAGAAUAAGGACUUUGAAAACCUCAUUGAGACUUCUCUGGAGUGGAUUGUCCGGACAGGCCAGGAUGUGGGGAUAAGGCUGGCUGGGCAGGUAGCUGAUGAGCCACUGACUGAUGUAUCUGAGAUCUCUCGGCUGGAGUCCUCGCAUCCCAAGAUGCCCUUCUCAUGCCGCUUCCGCCGAGCCUUCCUCACAGUCAUCAGCAGAGUCUUCCUCAUUGCAGUUGUGGUAGGCUGUGUGUGGAGUGUGGUCUGCUACAUGAAGUAUCGCUGGAGGAGAGAGGAGGAGGAGACCAGGCAGAUGUAUGACAUGGUGGAGAGGAUCAUCGAUGUGUUGAGGAGCCACAGUGAAGCUUGCCAAGAGAACCAGGACCUGCAGCCCUACCUGCCCAUCCCCCACGUCAGAGACUCUCUGGUUCAGCCUCAGGACCGGAAGAAGAUGAAGAAGAUUUGGGAGCGAGCCGAGAAAUUCCUCUCAGCCAACGAGUCGAGGAUUCGAAAGGAGACUCAGAGGAUCGGAGGAGCGGACUUCCUGGUCUGGAGGUGGAUCCAGCCUUCUCUCAGCUGUGACAAGACCUCCAUGAUGCCCUCCAAAGUUUGGCAAGGAAAAGCGUUCCCUCUGGACCGGAGGAAUUCCCCUCCCAACAGUCUGACUCCAUGUCUGAAGAUCAGAAACAUGUUUGACCCAGUCAUGGAGGUCGGGGAGAACUGGGACCUAGCCAUCCAUGAGGCCAUCCUAGAGAAGUGCAGUGACAACGACGGUAUCGUCCACAUCGCUGUUGACAAAAACUCCCGAGAGGGCUGCGUCUAUGUCAAGUGUCUCUCUGCUGAGCACUCAGGGAGAGCCUUCAAGGCCCUUCAUGGCUCCUGGUUUGAUGGUAAGCUGGUGACGGUGAAGUAUCUGCGUUUGGACCGUUACCACCAGCGCUUCCCACAGGCCCAGGGCUGCAGCACGCCUCUGAAGGCCUCCAGCCUCCACGUGAACACCACGAGCAGCAUGAACACUACACCCCGCCUGCAGCACCGCGGCUCCUCCAACUCUUCAGGCUUCUCAUGAGAUGAGCAUAAGCAUUAGAUUUAGCAUUCUCCUCCGUGCCCUCCCAGCAUGACAGCACCAGUCUGCUGCUGCUCCUUCACUGCUUUAUAACGGGGAAGACUUCAGUCUGUGUCUCGGGAGAGCUUUUUUAAAUUUUAUUUCGUUGUUGUUUUUUCCAACACAGGAUCGCAGGAGAAGUUGUUCAGCGGUGCAGUGUUUGUUUUCAGUAAUCUUUGUAUUAAAAUGUCAUGGAUUUAACAAGGAAGCAAAGUUCUUCUGGAAUAUUUAAGAUGUGUGCAGAGACUCCAACCCUCCCUCCUUUUCUUCCACAGUCUCACUGAUGCCAUGAUGGAGUUCAUUUGGGCACUGUAUGGAAAUGGCUGCAUGUAUCAGAGUAUACCUCUAUGUAAGCUUUCAAUACAACACAGUGUGGGUGUUGAUUCCCCCAAGAUGUUCGAUGUACUCCCUGUUGUUGUUAUUAUUCAGAUUAUUAUUAUUAUUAUUAUUUAGUCAAGUGAGGAAGGCAUGAACAGACUCAUAAGGGGGUGUGCUGUAAAUACAUGUGAAUGGUGGCACAAGCUUUAUGACAUCCUCUGUAUUAAAAGCAAACCAUAAGCUCACAUUUUUCUUGCUGCUCACUUACCACAGCAGAGUUAAUAGCGAUAGAGCAGGGUAACCGUGGCGACUCGGCCUCUGUGUUCGUUGUUGGCUCCACGUAUUCCAUGUAUGGCCUUUUCUUUCCCUUUGUCUUUAAUGUAUGUUAUAACAUCCAGCAGGGAGUGUACCUUUAACAGUCACCUGAAGCUUUCUUCUCCAGAUAUAAUCCAAUAUAUUCCCAAAUUAUUAUUAUUUCUUAAUAUGUUUAUUAUUUACCUCUUUCAAGUCGGGUCAUUUUCACUGUUGGCGAGUCCCCUCAUUGUAUUUCAAACCUGUUUGUGAACAAAUGGAGUGUAUUGUCAUCUCUUUGUGUAUAUGACCAGCAGACCUGGGACUUGUUCCAUGCAGCAAGUUGAGCAGAUAAGCCAGGCUUAUUGCUUUUAGUCUGACUCUUUGGUUCCAUAAAGCAACAAACUUCACAUAUGUCGAAUUUGCUUUAAUAACUCAGAUCAACAGAUUAUGGGUCAGACUUAGUGAAAAAGACGGGCUUUUUUGGUCAACUUGCUUUAAAGAACAGGCUCCAGAGUUACAAACAUGUUUUCAAGGGCCAGUUCCAUGAACCAAGUCUACCAAAUAAGUCAGCCUUUUUUUUUUUUUUUUUUUUUUGCUUAGGCUGUCUUAUUUUCAGUUGACUCAGUUCUAAAAAAGCAAAUUUAACAUAGUUCAAGCUCAGUUACUAUGGCAACUUGUUUUGGAAAACUAGUUGAGUUUGCCUUAUGGAACCAAAUAUUGUGAAAGCAAGUCAGACUGACUGAAACAAGCCAGGCUUAUUUGGUAAACUGGCUUAAAUUACUUUAUUGAGCGGAAUCGACUGAAAAUUGAGUCAGACUAAACUAAACAAGCCAGACUUAUUUGGUAAACUUUCCCCUGGGGCCUUUUCCAUAUAACGAGUUUACCAAACAAGCCAGGCUUAUUUCUAUCGUUUUCUGUUGCUUCCAUUCCAAAAAAAAAACAUUUUUACAUUUACAUAGUUUAUGCUCAGUUCAGACAGUCCAAGCUGAAUAUGAGUCAGACUUAUUGAAAUAAACCUGGCUUGUUUGGUGAACUUGUUUAAAGGAAUAGGCCCCUGCAGCCCAUUCCAUAUAGUGCAUUUACAGAUCAAGCCUGGCAUAUUUUAGUCAGUCUGUCUCAUUUUCUGUUGCUUACGUUCUAAAAAACACAUUUACAUAGUUUAUGCUCAGUUGAGUCAGACUAAUGGAAACAAGCCUGGCUUAUUUGCUACACUUGCUUAAUGGAAUGGGCCUGGUUUAUGUUUAAUGUUGAAUGUCCAAUUUACUGAGACACGUUUCCUGUGAUGAUAGACCCUGAUGCUGUCACUACUGGUCUUUGAUCAUAUCAGCUUGUUGUAAUGAUGCUAUCACUCUUUUUGCCAUCAGGAGUACUGUGAGGACAGUUUUUAAUCCUAACUAUUCCAUCCCCUGUAAGGAGACUGUACUGACUUUAGGGAUUCCUGACUGCGUGUGUGUGUUUUCACAGCACCUGUGUAUUCAGAAAACGCUAAAACUCCAGGAGUUGCCAGACAUAAUUUCAUUUUUUAAUGCAGUGAAUUGAAAGUUGGAUUCAGUAUUUGCAGUGUGAAAUUGUACAAAUGAUGCACAUUUCAAAAUGUUCAAAACCUGCUGCAGCAGUUCGCAGCAGGGCAACCCAACUGUGCCUUAAAUUUGUGCUUUUUUAAGACUGGCACUGCAUCACUGGAGAAUGUACUGGAUUUAAGAAAUGUUUAAGGGUGAGUAAGGCCUGCCAUAGAUGUAGUUUUGGUAGAGUUUGACAUCUUCAGAUUUGGUAUUUUGUAGCAGUUUCCUUUGAUAUUAAACCAAAUGCUUCUCUCUAUUUAUUAUUUUUUUAAAUCAGCUGUGGUGAUGUACUAUUUUAAUGUCACUAGACCUGUUACAUAUGUGUCAUAACUUUUUUUUUGAUGGAGGAUCGACCUUACAUCCGCUUCCAAACAAUUGUCAGGAUGUGUAAAAUGACAAAAUAAAGUGAACACUUUCCGAAA